ACACACAGAAAUCAUUGAAUGGCAUAAUUAUAUUGUAUGGAUUUGGAAACUGGAGAAAAACAUUUUUACAUUCUUAUUGAAAAAUUACCAAAUAUUAAAAAUAAUUCAAUACAAUUUAUCGCAGCAGGCACAUUAUUAGUAGAACAAAAAAAAUAUGGAAAACAAGAAAAUAAAAAAAAAGUGAUUACUAUUGAUGAUCAAACUGAAAUAGAAGUAAACUUAUCUUCUGUUUAUGAAAUUUCUGAGGAUGAAUUUUUUUUGUUAGUUGCUGUUUCUAGCAAAGAAAAAUGUUUAAAAGCUUUUAAUAACCAAGAAAAUUUACGACUUGCUAUUUCUGCAAAAGGUGGAACAAAUGUUGAAGUUAUAACUGAGUUUGGUACCAUUACAGGAAUGCUUAUAUAUAAAGGCCCUAUUGAUAGACUUUGUGGUACUUAUUUUGGUGUACUGUUUAAGGUGCCUUAUGGUAAUUGCAAUGGGUUACCUCAUUUUACCUGUGAAAAAAAUCAUGGAAUAUAUGUCGCUAUUGACCAAAUAUCAUUUUGUGAAACAAAUAAAAAUCCACUAAGUAAACUCAAACCAAUGAAAAAGCAUAAAAAUGAACAGAAAGAAGUACAUCUUGUAUCUGCUGAUAACAAAUUUAUUGGCAUGAGAGUUUCAUGUAAUGUAUCUGGUCAAAAUAACUUGUUAAAAGGUUCUAUUCGUUAUAUUGGUAACAAGCAACCUGAAAAUUUAAUGUUUUUUGGAAUUAAAUUGGAUGAAAAACCAAGCAAGCCUAUUGAAAAAAUGUUUGAAGAUUAUACCUUUAUUGAUUGUCCUCAAGAUUUAGAUUAUUUUACAACUGAUAUGAAAUCUUUAAUGUUUAAUUCAAUGAGUGACUCUAUUAUUCCUAAAGAAAAUGAAAACAUAAGUUUUGUGGGAUCGUAUUUAGACGAAACAGAAAUAAACAAAAAAUUAAAUGAUAUGAAAAAAAAUGAUGAAGUUUUAUCUAAAAAAAAAAAUGAACUAUCAACUGCAAACAAUUACAAAAAUGAGUUAAACCAAAAUAUGAACAUUAGAUACAGUGAACCAAAUCCUGAAAACAUGUAUUAUUCUAUUGAAGAUGAUUUUCUCAGGCCCUAUGAAGCUAUUCCUCGUAAUGUUUUUCCAGAAAGUCACAAUAUACAUGAGGUAUCAAAAGAAAGGUUCGAUGCUGAUUUGAAUUAUGAUGAUAUGUAUUUUGAUGAACAUAAUCAACAAAAUAAAGAGCUUAAUAAACAACCUUUAAAUUCUUCUCUGCAAGAAAAUGAUUUGGUAGUAUUUCAAGUUUCUGGAAAUGUUUACAAUGGGAUACUUAGAUGGAAAGGUUUUGUACCACAAGUAAGCCAUGAACUUGCUGGUAUAGAGCUUGAUGAUUUAAAUCCAUACCUUGUUACUACAAAUGGCACAUUUAAUGGUAGACAAUUGUUUAAAUGUUCUAAUGGCAAAGCAUAUUUUGUUAAACUAAGCAGUUGUAAACCAGAUUCACGGUUUCAAGGGUCAGCACAACAGAGUAAAAGUCAUUCGAAAUCUCAAUCUGUUUCUGGUUACCAUCCUCCACCAAAUAAAUUAGGAGAUAAAUAUAUUGGAAAUAUGAAAGGAAUCCAAGGUCAUAUCAAUUCAUGCUACAUGGAUGCAACUUUAUUUGCAAUGUUUGCUUUUAACUCAACCUUCGAUUUUAUGUUAUAUCAAAAAAGUUGUAAGGAUGAUUUUGGUGAUAACGUUCAAAAGUGUCUCCAUUUGAAUAUAGUAAAUCCUUUAAGAGUAAACGGGUUUGUUGAACAACCAAGUAUUAUGGAGUUACGAAAAUGUUUAGACAACAUUGGAGAGAUUGCCGGCUUUUUAGACAAAGAAAAAGAUCCAGAAGAAUUUUUAACUAUAUUGCUUGAAAAAGUUUUAAAAGUUGAACCUUUUAUGACAUUAAGAACACAUAAUCAAGAGGAUAUAGGUGUUUACCUUUAUCAAAUAAUUGCUGACAUCAAUCCAUUAAAUCCACAACCAUCAAUUCAAUAUUUGAUGGAGUUAUCAUUUAUAUCAAAUAAAUCUCAACUUCUUAAGGUUCCAUCUGUGAUGAUGAUUCAAGUACCUCGUUUUGGGCUAAACAAAAUUUUUAAUCGAAUUCAAAUUACGCCAACAUUAGAUUUAAGUCCUUUCCUUUUAGAUGCCCAACAUUUUUGUAUAAUUUGUGGCAACUCCUCUUCUUGCUAUUGUAAAAACUGUGUAUGUGAAUUUGGUUGGAACAAUGUGUAUACUUACUUGUGUCAAAAAUGUUCGAAUAUUGUUCAUAGCCAUAAUAAAAGGCAUGAUCAUGAAUUGGUUGAACUAAGUUCUUUUUCACCCAAUGUUUCUGAACCUUUUGUACCAAACACAAAGGCUUUGACAACCAUGGAACUGUUUGCUGUUAUUUGUAUUAAAACAAGUCAUUAUGUAUCAUUUGUAAAGUGUGGUGAAGGAGAUGAAGCAAGCUGGGUUUUCUUUGACAGCAUGGCUGACAGACAUGGUGAUCAUGAUGGCUACAAUAUACCAAAAGUGAUUGAGAUACCAAAAUUAAAAGAUUUUUUAAUGGCUAGUCCGUUAGACAUUUCAAACAUAAAAAAAGAAGAAGAAUACGCAUUAAGGUUGUAUGAAGAUGCUUCGUUAUGUUUUUAUCGAAACACGCAAAUGAGCAUGUAUACUUGAAUUCUAUGUAAACAUGUUUGUGUACAUUUUUUAUCGACGCGUGGAUAUGUUCAUGCACAUUUGUAUUAUACUGAAACAUUAAAUUGAGUAUGUGCA